GCCGGGCGCCAAGGAUGGGGGCCGAGGCCGCGGAUGCAGGCGUGCCGCCCGCCGCGGAGGCACGCUUGCCGACGCGCGUGCUCUUCUUCGGCUGGGGGGCGGCCGCCGAGGAGGUGCUGAAGGAGCUCGUGGAGUACAGCGCGAAAGGAUGGGCCGUUGUGCAUUGCAUAUCGCACAAAGCGCAGGCAAAGGACAGCGAUCUGAGUGAGGUCUGCGAGCGCUUGGGCUUUGCCUGCAGCCUCGCCGACGAGGGCGACGAGCUGCUUCGGAUUGCCAGCGCGUUUGCGCCCAGCUUGAUCAUCUCCGCAUCCUACCGCCACAGGAUAGCGAGCAGCAUCCUGGAGCUGUGCGCCGACCGGGUCAACUUCCACCCGUCGCUCCUGCCCAGGCACCGGGGUUGCAUGUCUGGCUUCUGGGCCAUCUUCGAGGGCGACGCAGAGACGGGGGUGACCUGUCACCGCAUGGUCCACGAGUUCGACCGCGGGCACAUCUUGUGGCAGGAGCGCGCACCGAUAGCCGGCGACGACACGUCCUUCUCCCUGUACAGGAAGUUGUUGCCCGUCACUGCGGCCUGCGCGCGGCGGGUGCUUGCCAUGCACUUCGGGAGCGGGGGCCUGCCGCCGGGCCAGGAGCAGACCGGGGCGUCGUCCUACCACCAUCGCAGGCUGCCUUUCGAUGGGCUCAUCCAGCCCGAGUGGCCCGCCGACCAGGUGGAGCGCUUCAUACGCGCCAUGGUGUACCCUCCGUUCGAGGGCGCCGCGCUCCUGGUCGGCGGCGAGCGCGUCCCCGUGGAGUCGCUCGAGGCGUUUAUGAGCCUCCGCCGCGGGGCCGGGGCCGGCGCCGCGGCGGCCGCGGCGGCCGCGUCCCCGGCGGGGCCGGCUCCCCCAGGCGACCAGUCCUGA